UGUUUCUUCAUAAAACCGACCACGAGUUGUGUUAUCCACAGGCACAGGAAGAAAUUACGAAAAAUGAGCUCAUUGGAGUGUGAAACUUCAAUCGAUUCGCUCCCAGAAGAGGUGCUUUGUAUGAUUUUCGACCAAUUGAAUGUGGAAGACGUGAAAAACGCGUCGUUAACUUGUCAAAGAUGGAGCAACAUUAUAUUCCUGACCCCCUACGUAAAAAGAUUUCGAUUUAAAAUAGAACUAUCAAAUCCAUGGACACUAACGAAAGGGCGAGUAAUGUGCUUCAAGACGGCGAUGAAGAACGUGGUAGAUUAUGUGAACGAUACAAAGCGAUGUUACAGACAUUUCGUCCUAACCAUGGAACACAUCGUACCUGAUGAUUUGCAAUCAAUAUGGGAGUGUCUUCAUCCGAAGAUAACGGAAAGUAUCUACUCGCUGGAGCUUAACCUUAACAACAUUUCUCCAGAUAGUGUUCGUUUGCUGGCCGAAACGAUACCUCUGAUGCCGAAGUUACGAUCGUUAAUUUUUUUCGAGUGUGGCAUGCGGUCCCUCCCUGGUCAGAUUACCGUUCUACGUAGCUCGUCUGUUCAGCACCUGGAGCUUCGUUUAACUGACAAUAUUAGAAUUAUAUCGGAUAUGCCGGAGCUGAAAACAUUUGUAGGACCUCUGAGCGUACUUGCUCAACCGGAUGGCACCGGUGCUCGCUAAACUGAACUAAACUAAACUUGUCAAUAAAAUGGACAAUAUGUCCAAGAUCUAAGUUUUCUAGUUUAGUUAGCUGCAAUGUAUCAAAGUCACAGUUAAAAACACAACGAUUCCCAGAAUCCAAGGAGCUGGAAUGAAAUCAUUACAUUGGCGAAGAUUGGAGAGCUUACAGAUGUGUUUUAUAAUUGAUGGAUCGGUAAACCAGAUAGUUCAUAUUUGAAAUGCAAUUCCAUAAGCUUCGGGCACAUAUUGCAUAU